GAGAGAAGGACCAGGGGAGACAUUAUGAUGUACAAGAUACUUAGAGGAUUUGACUGUUCACAUGGGAACAGACUACUUGAAUUAAAUGGUCCAAGGAUUUGGGAGAUGUAACUUAAAAACCGAGCUGAGCCAUAGAGCAACAAAUAAGUGAACUUUUAUAUUUUCAGACAUGCGUGUUGGCCUUGGGACAUUAGUGUGGACUUUAUUAGUCCUAGGAGGGGCAUCGCUGGUUGGACAAGUGGUGCGGGUACUGAGCAUUGAUGUGGCUGAUCCACCUGAUAAAAGCCACAUUACUAAGAACAGACAUACAGAGUCAGGCCAUGUGAGCUUAGAUGCCUCUUCUGAUCAUCUAAUAUGGUUUAUGCAGAUAUCUGACCUUCACCUGAGUGUGUUUCAAGAUGCUACAAGAGCAACUCAGUUCCAAGAGUUUUGCCUCACCACUGUUGAUGCCAUCAGACCUGCUGUUGUUCUUGCCUCUGGUCAGUGGUAUAAUUUAUCUAUUGUUAUAUAUAAUAUUUUCAGCUGUAGGAAUAGUGUCCCAUCUUUAGCACUUAAUCUUUGAUAAAAUUUUUAAGGU